AUGAUUGUAGCUUCUAUGAAGACCAUUCUUUCUGGUGCUCAACUACUGGCCGGACCCAUCCCUUCUGGACCCAUCCCUUCUGGACCCAUCCCUUCUGGACCCAUCCCUUCUGGUGCUCAACCACUGGCCGGACCCAUCCCUUCUGGACCCAUCCCUUCUGGACCCAUCCCUUCUGGACCCAUCCCUUCUGGUGCUCAACCACUGGCCGGACCCAUCCCUUCUGGACCCAUCCCUUCUGGACCCAUCCCUUCUGGACCCAUCCCUUCUGGUGCUCAACCACUGGCCGGACCCAUCCCUUCUGGACCCAUCCCUUCUGGACCCAUCCCUUCUGGACCCAUCCCUUCUGGUGCUCAACCACUGGCCGGACCCAUCCCUUCUGGACCCAUCCCUUCUGGACCCAUCCCUUCUGGACCCAUCCCUUCUGGUGCUCAACCACUGGCCGGACCCAUCCCUUCUGGACCCAUCCCUUCUGGACCCAUCCCUUCUGGACCCAUCCCUUCUGGUGCUCAACCACUGGCCGGACCCAUCCCUUCUGGACCCAUCCCUUCUGGACCCAUCCCUUCUGGACCCAUCCCUUCUGGUGCUCAACCACUGGCCGGACCCAUCCCUUCUGGACCCAUCCCUUCUGGACCCAUCCCUUCUGGACCCAUCCCUUCUGGACCCAUCCCUUCUGGUGCUCAACCACUGGCCGGACCCAUCCCUUCUGGACCCAUCCCUUCUGGACCCAUCCCUUCUGGUGGUCAACCACUGGCCGGACCCAUCCCUUCUGGACCCAUCCCUUCUGGACCCAUCCCUUCUGGACCCAUCCCUUCUGGUGGUCAACCACUGGCCGGACCCAUCCCUUCUGGACCCAUCCCUUCUGGAUCCAUCCCUUCUGGACCCAUCCCUUCUGGUGCUCAACCACUGGCCGGACCCAUCCCUUCUGGACCCAUCCCUUCUGGACCCAUCCCUUCUGGUGGUCAACCACUGGCCGGACCCAUCCCUUCUGGACCCAUCCCUUCUGGACCCAUCCCUUCUGGACCCAUCCCUUCUGGUGCUCAACCACUGGCCGGACCCAUCCCUUCUGGACCCAUCCGUUCUGGACCCAUCCCUUGUGGACCCAUCCCUUCUGGUGGUCAACCACUGGCCGGACCCAUCCCUUCUGGACCCAUCCCUUCUGGUGGUCAACCACUGGCCGGACCCAUCCCUUCUGGACCCAUCCCUUCUGGACCCAUCCCUUCUGGACCCAUCCCUUCUGGUGCUCAACCACUGGCCGGACCCAUCCCUUCUGGACCCAUCCCUUCUGGACCCAUCCCUUCUGGACCCAUCCCUUCUGGUGGUCAACCACUGGCCGGACCCAUCCCUUCUGGACCCAUCCCUUCUGGACCCAUCCCUUCUGGACCCAUCCCUUCUGGUGCUCAACCACUGGCCGGACCCAUCCCUUCUGGACCCAUCCCUUCUGGACCCAUCCCUUCUGGACCCAUCCCUUCUGGACCCAUCCCUUCUGGUGCUCAACCACUGGCCGGACCCAUCCCUUCUGGACCCAUCCCUUCUGGACCCAUCCCUUCUGGUGGUCAACCACUGGCCGGACCCAUCCCUUCUGGACCCAUCCCUUCUGGACCCAUCCCUUCUGGACCCAUCCCUUCUGGUGGUCAACCACUGGCCGGACCCAUCCCUUCUGGACCCAUCCCUUCUGGAUCCAUCCCUUCUGGACCCAUCCCUUCUGGUGCUCAACCACUGGCCGGACCCAUCCCUUCUCGACCCAUCCCUUCUGGACCCAUCCCUUCUGGACCCAUCCCUUCUGGUGGUCAACCACUGGCCGGACCCAUCCCUUCUGGACCCAUCCCUUCUGGACCCAUCCCUUCUGGACCCAUCCCUUCUGGUGCUCAACCACUGGCCGGACCCAUCCCUUCUGGACCCAUCCCUUCUGGACCCAUCCCUUCUGGACCCAUCCCUUCUGGUGGUCAACCACUGGCCGGACCCAUCCCUUCUGGACCCAUCCCUUCUGGACCCAUCCCUUCUGGACCCAUCCCUUCUGGACCCAUCCCUUCUGGUGGUCAACCACUGGCCGGACCCAUCCCUUCUGGACCCAUCCCUUCUGGUGGUCAACCACUGGCCGGACCCAUCCCUUCUGGACCCAUCCCUUCUGGACCCAUCCCUUCUGGACCCAUCCCUUCUGGACCCAUCCCUUCUGGUGGUCAACCACUGGCCGGACCCAUCCCUUCUGGAGCCAUCCCUUCUGGACCCAUCCCUUCUGGACCCAUCCCUUCUGGUGGUCAACCACUGGCCGGACCCAUCCCUUCUGGACCCAUCCCUUCUGGACCCAUCCCUUCUGGACCCAUCCCUUCUGGUGCUCAACCACUGGCCGGACCCAUCCCUUCUGGACCCAUCCCUUCUGGACCCAUCCCUUCUGGACCCAUCCCUUCUGGUGGUCAACCACUGGCCGGACCCAUCCCUUCUGGACCCAUCCCUUCUGGACCCAUCCCUUCUGGACCCAUCCCUUCUGGUGGUCAACCACUGGCCGGACCCUCUGGUUUUUGA